AGAGGAAGAGUAAAAGAGAGGGCGCACGCACUUUCUCCUGUCGCACUCAUCCUCUUAAUACCAUCUCGAAACAGUGGCCUCAUUCCUCCCAGAUCAGAAAAAGCUCCAAAAAUCACUCCUUUUUUUCCGGCAACUGAAAUCACCAAUGUCCGGCCACUGACCACUGCGACCAUCGCAAGGUUUCAAAAUCUAACGCUCAAUGGAUCUAUUCCCAGCUCCAAUCUCCAUUUCCUCUACUCUCUGCAACGCCGAGAUUUCCGCCUCCUCGCACGCCAUCACAGGUGGCGAAAGCUCCACAAAAGAAUGGACAACUGAAAUCAACACAAUCGCCAAUCACACCCCGCUCCCUCUGCUCUUCGCCGCUGAGAAAGAGUACUUACUCAGCUCCGACUAUCUUCACCGCUCCCACGACUGCAUUGCUCGCCGGGACUCCAUCAACUGGAUGCUCAAGGCAUUCCUUAUCCCACUAAAAAUCGAAUUUUUCAUAGAUUUAAACUGGAAAGCUUUCUUGUCCCAAUACUUUCUGGAUCCUAAUAACUUUGUCCGUACUACUCUGUUUCUCUCAAGCAGGUGAUCGAAUUCUAUAAGUUUAAUCCAGUCACCGCCUACCGCUCCGUUGACUACCUCGACCGCUUCCUCUCAGCCAAUUCUCUUCCGGUAACCGAGGGGAAAAAUGGAAAGAAACAAUCCGGCGGCGGAUGGCCGAAGCAACUAUUAUCUGUAGCUUGCCUCUCAAUUGCGGCCAAGAUGGAGGAGACUCACGUGCCCGUGCUUCUCGAUCUCCAGAUUUUGGACUCAAAGUAUGUGUUUGAACCCAGAACCAUCUGCCGCAUGGAGCUGCUCAUCCUGACGGUGCUUACAUGGCGAAUGCGUGCCGUCACGCCGUUUGAUUUCCUUCCUUACUUAGCAGCUUCCGUUCUUCCCGUCGACUCCACUGCAAUUUUGUCCAGGGCCACCAAUCUCAUUAUCAGUUCCCGCCGUGAUUCCUUGGAAGCAGUUGUGGAUUUCCUCAGAUUCCGGCCGUCCACCAUUGCCGCGGCGGCGAUGCUGUGUGCUUCUGUGAAAAUCGCCGCUCCUUCGGCCUCUGACAACGCCGUUUGUUUCAGCUACUUCAGCGAGUGGAACAACAAGGACGUGGUGGGGGAGUGUCGGCAGCUGAUGGAAGAAUAUCUCAUCGACGCGUGUCCAUCUGAGUCACCCCCCUCACAUAGCCCCGUCGGCACUGUCACCGCCGCGGCGCGCAUCAGCUGCAACGUCGAGAAGUCUUCCGCCGGGGUCGUCAAAGCCGAACCUCCGUCGCUCAAGCGUCGGCGACUGGUCGACGGCGAGUGUGGUUGAUGUUCCCAAAAUACUUUUCAGAUGAGUUUGAAGAUAUGAAAGCGGCACCUUCUCUGCUGUUGUACUUCGCGACUCAGUUACUAAGUUAGUACAAUUUAUCCACCCGGAGUUUUGUUCUCAUCUAUCGUUUUAAAUAAAUUCUUUAAUGAGUGAAGGCUAAUCAUGUAUAUAAUUAUUCCAUGCAAUCGGGAGAGGAAUCAGAGCACAACACAUCUCUCAUUUAUCGUGUACUGCAACUGUAUCUGAUAUGUACUAGGUGACGUGACAUGCUCUGAUUUGCCUCUGGACAAUCUAAUAUCCAUGCAUA